AUGGAUGGAAUAUACGAGAUUCCAUUCAUCUGGUCGGAUUACGGCUGGGCAAUGGACCACGAUGGUAAUUUUUAAUCUAUUCUAAGGAAUAUUCCGUACAAAAAUUUGAUCACAGGUUUUUUUUUAAUUCCAUUUUUAACCGUUUGUCGGUAUAAAAAAUAAAAAGAUUUUAAAAUCAGUUAAAUUUGCCUACUUCAAACAUUAUUUGUGCAAUCAUUAGUAAUUCCCACUUCUCUGAGUUUCGAUUAUGUGAACCAUUAUAGUACCAAUUUACUAUUUAACCAGUAACGAAAAUAUUUUUCAGAUUCCCUUCGUCAUAAUAUCGUCGUCUAUCGCCACGAGUUCGAUCCUAUGUCAAAGCAAAACAUCUGCCGACCAUCUUCGAGUGCGUGGGCUAGUCCGUUGUUACUCGUGCCAAAAAAGGACGGGUCUUUUCGACCGUGUGGCGAAUAUCGCCGACUCAACGGCCUCACGGUUCCGGAUCGCUACCCGCUGCCGUUCCUGCACGAUUUCACGGCCCGUCUCGCGGGGAAAAAUGUUUUCUCGAAGCUCGAUCUAUAUCCGCGCAUACCAUCAAGUUUCGAUCGCGCCCGACGACGUUCACGAGACGGCCGUUACCACGCCGUUCGGUCUUUACGAGUUCCCAGUCAUGUGUUUCGGCCUCCGUAACGCCGCGCAGUCUUUCCAGCGGCCCAUCAACUCGGUUUUGGGCGACCUCAGUUUCGUUUUCGCCUACGUCGACGACGUCCUCAUCGCGUCAGUUUCCGGAGACGAGCGCCGUGCUCACGUCCGCGAAGUGUUCGCGCGUUUCGAAAAGUUCGGGAUCGCCGUUAAUCCGGCGAAAUGUGCGUUUGCCGCUCGCGAUUUAAUGUUUUUGGGUCGUACCAUCGACUCACGCGUUUUACGCCCGAAUCGGCAAUCCGUCGCCGACGUCCGUGGUUGGCCACGUCCUGAGACCAAAAAAGAGCCCCGGCGCUUACUAGGAUCGCUCAAUUUUUACCACCGGUUUAUUCCACACGCCGCCGUUCCGCAAGCCCCGCUGUUCGCUCUCAUCUCGCGGGUUGCGAAAAAAGACGGUCCGCUCGCGUGGACGGACGAAGCUCGUAGUGCGUUUCGUGCUUGCCUAUACGAGAUUCCAUUCAUCUGGUCGGAAUACGGCUGGGCCAUGGACCACGAUGGUAAUUUUUAAUCUAUUCUAAGGAAUAUUCCGUACAAAAAUUUGAUCACAGAUUAUAUUUUCAUUUCAUUUAUAACCGUUUGUCAGUAUAAAAGAUAAAAUAAUUUUAAAAUCAGUUAAAUUUCCCUACAUCAAACAUUAUUUGUGCAAUGCUUAGUAAUUCCUACUUCUGAACUUAAUUGAAAACAUUGUUACAACAAUUUCAUAAAUGUUAGUGUAAUAAUAAAUGUCGAUCAUUAAAUUACAGAUGGUCUCGCUUAUUCCAGUUCCUACGCCAUUAACGAUAUGCCGUUUCAGCUUUUUCUGAUUAUUCCCGUAGACGGUGUAACAGAUCCAUAUAUGAUUGUGGAUAUUACUCAAGAAGUCAUUAUAAAUGGUAAUUCUUAAUCUAUGUAAAAUAGAUAUUCUUCAUAAUAUUUUGAACAAAAAUUUGAUCUNGAUAUUUUCUUUAUUACUUUUGUUACAGGAUAAUAUUUUGUUGCGUUUUGUCCACCAUCACUCACCACUCACCCGUUUCCAAUAAUCGUAUCGACCAACGGCACCCUUUCACCAGUGUGGAGCUAUCUGUUUUCAUUACUUAUUUUACUUAUUGUAUCACAGAUUGUAAUUUUUAAUCUAUUCUAAGGAAUAUUCCGUACAAAAAUUUGAUCACAAAUUAUAUUUUCAUUUCAUUUAUAACUGUUUGUCAGUAUAAAAGAUAAAAUAAUAUUAAUAUCAGUUUAAUUCUUCUACUUCAAACAUUAUUUGUGUAAUGCUUAGUAAUUCCCACUUCCCUGAGUUUCGAUUAUGUGAAUUAUAUUACCAAAUUACUAUUUAACCAGUAACGGAAUUAUUUUAAGGUUUCCGACAUAUGUUUAACGGAUUUUUAUUAGUAUAAGGGUUUAGGUCAGGUGUUAAGUGUAAUAUAAAUUGUCGAAAUAUGAUUAGAGAUGAUCAUAAUACAACCGAUUUACAUAAUUGAACUUUUCAUUUGCUAUAAGGAAUUCGAAUUCUGUCAUUGAUUUAUGUCAAACGAACGUUUGUGACCGAUUUAGUUUAAUAUUUGGCGUUCAAAUUCGUGACCAAUUCGUUAAUUCACAAAAAUAAAGAAAAUAAUUAUAAUCUACAUAAAAAUACAUCAAAAUUCAUGAAUUGUAACUGAUAAUAACGGGUGAUUCAUUAAGAGGUACUUUUUUUAAAUGCGAUUUUAUGGCAGAUAAUGAAUGAGUCUUAUCAAACUGUCAUGUUAUUUUCGUUUAAUGUUGUUUGACAUUUUAUCAUGGAAAGACUUAGCCCGGCACAGCGUCUACAUAUUAUUCAACUUUAUUACGAAAAUCAACAUUCUACGAGGACUGUUUUUCGUAAGCUUAGAGAAACCAAUGGUCCGCAUGAUCGGCCUACCGAACACAAUUUACUGUACAAUUGUAAAAUAUGAAACCAGAUUUUCAUAAUUGGAUAACACAUGACCAAAUAGGCUACAUCCAGCACGUAAUGAAUAAAAUAUAGCGGCGGUAGCUGGAAGUGUACGCGAUGACCGUGAUGAAUCGAUUCAGCGCCGUUUUCAACAGCUUAGCUUGUCGUAUGCAACGACUUAGCGUAUUUUACGUAAGGACAAUGGUAUAAAAGUAUACAAAAUUCAACUCGUCCAAGAAUUGAAGCCACCCGACCUUCCGAAUCAUCACUGUUUCAAUGAAUGGGUUCUUGAAAUUAUUGAAGAAAUUCCACUGUUUUCGACCAACAUUUUGUUCAGCGAUGAGGCUCAUUUUUGGCUUAAUGGUUACGUCAAUAAGCAAAAUUACCAUAUUUGGGCCGAAGAACCACUCGAAAAAAUGCAAGAGCUUCAUUACCAUUACAUCCAGACAAAACAACCGUUUGAUGUGGUUUCUGGGCUAAUGGAAUCAUCGGUCACAAUUUCUUUAAAACUGAGACCGGGCAGAACGUAA